UCUCUGUGGGUUCCGAACAGCGGUGGCCGUCCUGGGGGAGAAAGUUCACCUAAUAAGACAUCAUCUCUUCCCUGGUUUCUGCCUUUCACAAAAUGUUUUGGGCAUCACCCAAAGGUCUUUUCACCAUUCCUCCAGGACUUCCACCAUAAGGAAAGGAGCCCCUGGACCAACAUCCUCUAAGAUGUUUAUAUGGACCAGCGGCCGGACCUCUUCAUCUUACAGACAUGAUGAGAAAAGAAAUAUUUACCAAAAAAUCAGGGACCACGACCUCCUGGACAAACGGAAAACCGUCACAGCACUGAAGGCAGGAGAGGACCGGGCCAUUCUCCUGGGACUGGCCAUGAUGGUCUGCUCCAUCAUGAUGUACUUUCUGCUGGGAAUCACUCUCCUGCGCUCGUACAUGCAGAGCGUGUGGACCGAGGAGUCGCAGUGCACCCUGCUCAAUGCCACCAUCACCGACACGUUCAACUGCUCCUUCAGCUGCGGGCCCGACUGCUGGAAGCUCUCGCAGUACCCCUGCCUGCAGGUGCACGUCAACCUCACGUCGUCCGGUGAAAGGCUCCUUCUCUACCACACGGAGGAGACCAUGAAGGUCAACCAGAAGUGCUCCUAUAUACCUAAGUGUGGAAAAAAUUUUGAAGAAUCCAUGUCCCUGGUGAACGUCGUCAUGGAAAACUUCAGGAAGUACCAGCACUUCUCUUGCUACUCUGACCCAGAGGGAAACCAGAAGAGCGUCAUCCUAACCAAGCUCUACAGUUCCAACGUGCUGUUCCAUUCCUUGUUCUGGCCAACGUGCAUGAUGGCUGGGGGCGUGGUGAUCGUUGCCAUGGUGAAACUCACGCAGUACCUCUCCCUGCUCUGCGAGAGGAUCCAGCGGAUCAAUAGAUAAAAGCAAGAUGGAUGAGAUCAUUUUCUUUAAAGCUCAAAUACUGUUUUCUUUCAUUCCUCACCAAAGAACCUUAAGUUUGUAACGUGCAGUCUGUUAUGAGUUCCUUAAUAUAUUCUUAUACGUAGAGCAAUAAUGCAAAAGCUGUUCUAUAUGCAAACAUGAUGUCUUUAUUAUUCAGGAGAAGAAAUAACUGUUUUGUGUCGGUUGGUUUUCACAAUCUUGUUUUGAUGCUGGAACUAGCACUUCCUUCUCUCGUUCCGCCAAGACAGGGCUCAGUUGUUCAUUUGCCAAGCUUUGGGGAGGGACGUAGACGGUAUCAGCGUGAUAACGUCUGUGUUCUCAGUUGUCAGAUAUCUUGAAGAUGUUUCUGCAAUAUUUUUCAUCACUCAUUGUUUACUAAAGCUGCAGCCAAAAAUAUUCUUUCUUUUCUUAUUCAAAACUGAGCCCUGUAGCAGGUGAAGGGACCAGAUUUCCUAACUGAAGGAUGUUAAGCAUUUUCCUUAUAUUUCUACCAUAUCACUGUAAAGAAGGGGGGGGGGCGACGUCCAGACAGUUAUUUCUCUUUUAUUAUUUUCUAUUCAUGACUUAAGAUUUUUUAACUGAUUUCCAAGAAUAAGCUGUUUUCAUUAACCAGUUCUAUAAUCUCUUCCUGUGAUUUAAAUAGAAAAUGAACAGAGCCCUUUUCCAUUUAAGACCCUGCUACUGUGUGAGGAGACAACACUUACAAAGAGUUUCAUUACCUGUGAAUUGACUGAAUGUUGAGUAGAUGCACCGUGGCCACCCAGGAACGUCUAUGUCACCAAGAUAUUUAUGUGAAAAUCUUUAUUCAACUGAACUGUUAGAGGGUAAAAUUAAGAUCCUACUUGCCAGUAAAGACAAGUGGACUUUUUCAAUGGGUAAAUCGAUUGUGGCAAAUUAACGUAUUGGAAUGUUACUCUUUGGGAAUUUAUGUUUAAAUUAAUGAGUGUGUAGUCUCUCCUUCUGACAAGUGUUCCCAUUGGGAUUUUAAAGCUACAUGCCCAGAAUAUUUGUCUCCUCUACAUGUUUUAUUUUUCUAUUUACAAUUCUCUUUUUUGCUGCUAGAUUUUAUACACAGAGCAGACCUUUUUCCUAACACUCACUCGAAAUGAAUAACAGAUCUAAAGGAAGACUUUGUCACAUUGCCCUUUGCUUCUCCUGUGGGGGGAGGGGGAAGAAUGAGGCACUGGUUUUAAACAAAACAUUCCAUCCUUUACUUAACAUCAAUAUCAAAAGGAGAAGGCAAACAUCUAUCUUUCUCAUCUAUAUUUAAGUAUCCUUUUAUAACAUAGUAUCGCAAUUUUCUAGAUAUUGGGAAAUUUUAUAAAACAUAUUUGUGGAAUGCAUGGUGAAACUUAUCUGAUGAAGUGGAGAGUUUCCUGAAAUACUGUAAUUCAUAGUUUCACUCUCCAUAAGAUGUAAAUUCUUAGGGUGUAAUUGGGACUUCAAAUGUGUAAU